UGCGCCUGCCCACCACUGCGCCAUCGCCUGUUGCGUUAGCUUGUUGGCUAGAAGAGAGCUAGCUCGCUACUGCUUAAGGGGGCGAAUUGCUUGUGCUCCAAAAGGACGACCUAAAUUGCAAUUUGAUAAAUUUUAUCGAAAAGCAAGACAUUUUGCUCGUAAAGGUCGUGGUGAGUAUUUUGUACCCAGACAUUUUUCAUUUUUCCUUCCUUUUUCUUUUCUUUUUGGAUAUUUUUCAACGAUGAUUUUCUAUUUUGCGAGUGGACAGGACAUAAUGUGCUGGCUAGCGGGGUGCUGGUUAGCUCGUCCCCCCUGAAAGACACAAACGCUGCUUGAGGUUUUCUAGACACAGGACGCUUUGGAAGCAUCUUAGCUACACCUCAACCUGUUUUUGAAAGUUUGUUUAGCUGUAAUUUUUCUAACAUUUGUUGUGAAGAUUUUUCCUUGGCGGGACUUGUUUGUUUUUGCACGCUUUUUAGACGGAUGGACAGUUAACGUUAGCUCUUACAGCUUCACACGCAGCAUCCCCUAUCCGUGAUUAAUUACAGAGUAUCAACUGCAUUUUUAUCUGAAUUUUAUAGGUUUUGGUUUUUGUAAGCACACGAACUGGUCAGAUGUCUGAGAAUUUUUAAAACAAAUUUUCCUGUAGUGGUUGGCUAACGGUAUCCAUGCUAGCCGGCUAAUAGCCGUCCAUGCUAGCGCAGGGCCUGUGUUUCACACUGAAGCCUGGUGGUGGCGCUGUUGGUUUUCCAGGCAGGUGUGUUGUGGAUGGUUAGGUUUUUCUCCUUUUUUUUCUUUUUGACGUCAGACUUGCUUUCCUGGCUCGCACUCCACGGUCAGCCUUUUCAAAGCGGAGUUUUUAUUUUUAACCCUGGUUUUUUUCCUGGCAUGAUGAGUUUUUCAUCUUAUUUGGAUUGCUAUGGACUUCCAGCAGCCUUGGUUUUAUUACAUAACAACAAAUACACACAUUAUAAAUCGUGAGGGGCGAAGGUGAAGGUCCAGACACCAGCCCAAACUGAGCCCAGCCCCCUCCUCAGUGUCAAACACCAGACAGACGGCAGCCCUGCACACAGACGCAAUGGAUCGCUCAUCUUCCUCCAGCCUAAUGGCCAGCAGCAAUGUUACCAACAAAACUGAUCCACGCUCGCUCAACUCCCGGGUCUUCAUCGGUAACCUCAACACCCUGCUGGUCACCAAGGCAGACGUCGAGGCCAUUUUCGCUAAAUAUGGGAAGAUCGUAGGCUGCUCCGUCCACAAGGGCUAUGCCUUUGUUCAGUUCUCCAAUGAGAGGAACGCUCGGGCUGCCGUCGCUGGGGAGGACGGCAGGAUGAUUGUUGGACAAGUGCUUGACAUCAACCUGGCCGGAGAACCCAAACCUCACCGGUCAAAAACCACCAAGCGUUCUGCUGGAGACAUGUACAGCAGUAGUUCCUCCUUUGAUCUCGACUACGAUUUUCAAAGAGAUUAUUAUGACAGAAUGUACUCGUACCCAUCCCGUGUCCCUGCCCCACCACCUCCCCUAUCGCGGGCUGUGAUCCCGUCCAAACGGCCGAGGGUCAGCCUGAGCGGAGGGAGCAGCCGGAGAAACAAAAGCAGCUUCUCCUCGUCCAAGAGCAGCCAGAGAACUUCUUCCAGAACAAUGAGAGCCGACGAGCUGCAGACCAUCAAACGAGAGCUGACCCAGAUCAAGAGCAAAGUAGAUGACCUGCUGGAGAGCCUGGAGCGCAUGGAGAAGGACCACAUCAAGAAGUCUGUUAAGAACAUGAAGACGGAGCCUGGAGAGGUGACAUCACCUCCACACUCCAGCAGCAAGAAGGACGAUGGUUUAAAGAGAGACAGGGAGAGCCACAACAUGAACAACUCGGAUGAAGACGACGACGAGGAAGACGAGGGAGACUUGCUGGAGGAGGAGGAGGUGAAGAGUCAAGAGAGAGAGGAGGAAGAAGAGGAGGAGGAGGAAGAAGGCGAGCAUGUGGAGGGAGAUGAUGACGACGACGAUGGUGAUAGCGUGAACGGCGAUGACGACUCGUAGACUAGAACCACACUGCUUCCGUUAGGAGCUCCGACUCCCCUUUUAACACUCAUGUUGUAGGUAGAAACUAUAAAUGUGCACACGACAGAGCGAGCAUGGUGCGCACACCUUACUGUCAUAUUACCCCGAAGACCUUUAGUUUUCGUUUAGUUGUCCAGUAUCACUGUAACAGGAGUAGCUAGCUGUAGGUUUGUGUUUUUACUCGUCUUCAGGAGGAAGAUGGUCACAUGGACUGGUAAUGUUCUCAGAGGCGACGGCUCGACGGACAUCUUAAUGCGAGGACAGAAUUUCAGCCACAAGAGAUGGUUUUAGCUUGUGUAUGUUUAUUUUUCCUUUUUAGUGAGUUUGUUUGCCCCUGUGUGUAUGUUUAUGUACUUUUUAUAUACUUUUCAGUUUACCUGUAAAGAAAUAAUUGCAAUAAAAUUAUAAAUUCAAAAGUG